GAUUUUCAACUCUGUAUUGAUUGAUUCCCCCUGUGUUUGUUACCAUCCUCCUCAGGCGAGGAGUACCACCCAUGAGAAUCUAGCUUCCGCCUCGUCUGCGCGUUUUUCCUCUCCAAAAUUCCUUUUUUUUUCCCUCCUCUGAUUCAUGGAUCGCAAGGGCGCCUCCAAGUUGCUCCAGCCCCGGCGGCAGUUGGAUAAAGAGGAAUCCUUGCCGUCCACCGCGGGAGCGGAGGAAAGAAGAGACCUUUUGCCGGCAGAGAGUGGGCUGGGAGUGGCGGCGGUGGGGAAGGGUGAACAAAGGAAGCAGCUUGCGCCCGCGCCCAAAAGGAGCUCGAACAAGGACCGGCACACUAAAGUCGAGGGUAGAGGGCGGAGGAUAAGGAUGCCCGCCCUCUGCGCCGCCAGGAUCUUCCAGCUCACAAGGGAACUGGGCCACAAAUCCGAAGGGGAGACCAUCCAGUGGCUGCUCCAGCAAGCGGAGCCCUCCAUCGUGGCCGCCACUGGCACGGGCACCAUCCCCGCGUCAGCCCUAGCUACCGCCGCCGCCGCCGCCUCAGACCCUGAUGGUCUCCACCAGAAGCAAUUCGACGACCUAGGUCAGGAAGCGGGAGCCGGCGCCGCCCGGACCGCUUGGGCCGUGACGGCGGCCGCCGGCCUCGGACGCUCCUACCCUGGCAUGUGGCCUCCCCCGGUAGGCGGGUUCAGCUCCGGAUUCUUGCACGCAGCGCCUUCAAGUUCGAAUCUUGCGGCCGGAGGCGGCGUCGAUGGGCCGGUAGGAAGCUUCGCGCAGCGAAUCGGAGCGCACGGACUCGAAUUCGCCGGCGUCAAUCUCGGCGGUAUGAGCUUUGCCCAGAUGCUGAGUGGGCACGGGCAGCAUCUGCCAGGGCUGGAGCUGGGGCUCUCCCAGGAAGGCCAUAUCGGAGCACUGAACCCUCCGAUCUUGAGCCAGUUCUAUGCGCAGCCAGGGCAGGGAGGAGAAGACGCUGCCGACGGCAGUGCAAAUGCACAACCACAUCACAAUCAUCACAAACAGCAACGGCAGCAGAAACAAGUUGCAUCGCCGGAGAACGAUUCCGAGGGAUCCGAAGAGUAGAAAACGGAGUUCAAAAGCUGAAUUCGUCCCCGAGUAGUAAGGAAAUCGCUUUAUCAAUCCAACGAGAUUAGCAAGAUUUCAUUUUUA